AUGGACGCCAGAUAUGAUUAUGCGACGCGCUUAACGAACGAAGAAGAUUUAAAGGGUUCUGAUAUGGCGGCCACUUGGCGUACCACUUCAACGGUAGCUUGCAGGGAAGUGUUGCCCAACGGGACCCUGUGGCUCGGCGCGUUCUCGGCGGCGCAGUACCGGGGCGAUGUGCACGCGACGGUCUACCGGUGCAGGGCGGCGGGUACGGUCGGCACCAUACUUUCCAGGGACAUGCGUCUGGAAGCCGUCAUGGACGUGCCGUGGGAGCUGAGGAUACAGCCGACCCACGGCGUCGCCGGCGGUGCCGCCUUACUCACAUGCACCCCGACGCUAUCCGUUAAAGCACACAUCGUGGUCACCAGAUGGUUCAAAGAUGGCACUGCGCUCUCAAUGACCACUGAUGCAGGUGGUCGGCACGUGGUUGGCGGCAGUCGCGGCGACAUUCUGGUCAUUCGGGACGCCAAGCCUGACGAUGCAAGCUCUUAUUCGUGCGAAGCUCAACACAUGCUCACGGGCGACAAGAGGCGCAGUGCCCCCGCGAUGGUUGCCGUAUCACAUUCGAGUGGAAGUAUGGCGCCUCGAAUGCUAACGGUGUCUGAGGACGAGACCGUACAGCAGGGAGGUGAUAUAAGACUAGUGUGCUGUGCCAUUGGUAGUCCACCACCGACAUACAGCUGGUUCCGUCACGCCAACGGCCGCCUCAGCCCGGUGUCGAGCGGUCUGCGCAUCUCGGUGUCGGAGCAGGUGCUGGUGAUCCGGCGGGCCCAGCUCUCAGACGGCGGCGUGUGGACCUGCAGGGCGCACAACCAGUUCGGCGAGCAGAGGCGCGACGCGCGGCUGAGUGUGCGCUCGAGGCUGGUGGUCAGCGUGCACCCUCAGCUGCAGGUGGCAAAUUCGGGGAGUUCGGUGAGUUUCAACUGCUCAGUGGAAGGUGGGGAGGCGAGGGUGCGUUGGCUGCACGACGGAGUACCAGUCGGCGGGGGAGAGAGGACGCUGAGGGUCCACGGGGUGGUGCGCGCUCAUCGCGGGAUGUACCAGUGUUUCGCCGAAAGGGACCUGGACAGCGCCCAAGCUGCGGCCGAACUGAGGCUCGGAGACACCGCUCCAGAACUCCACUAUACGUUCAUAGAACAGGCUUUGCAUCCUGGUCCCUCCCUGGCGCUCCACUGCUCAGCAUCUGGCUCCCCACCGCCAAGAUUCACGUGGCUCAUUGACAUGCAGCCUAUGGAGGAACGUAAUACUCCACAGAGGAGCAUAACGCAGUUCAUGAACCCCAACGGUGACAUGGUGAGCUAUUUGAACAUAACCUCGGUGCGGCCGGAGGACGGGGGCCGAUACACCUGCAGGGCGCACAACUCCCGCGGACCGCCUUCCAUCCGCAGCAUCGGACCCCUGCGCGUGGUUGCCGGCGUCAACACGACCAUCUACUGCCCGUACUCCGGAUUUCCAAUCAGGUUGAUGGAGAGACCGGUCUGUGGUAUGUACCUGGAACUGCAUUCCGACUGCGAGAUCCGUUGGCGGCGGGGCGGCGCGGACGUGAGCUCGACCGGCGCCCGCACCCUCUCCGGCUCCGGCGGGGAGCUGCUGCUGUGGCCGGCCGAGCCCGCGGACGCCGGCCUCUACUCGUGCAGGGUCUCCGCCCCGUCGGGCCAGUACGCGCAGAAAGACGUCCAGAUCUUCGUGCGAAAUCCCCCGAAGAUCGCCGGGUUUUCGUUCCCGACCGAUUUAGUGGAAGGAAGUUCGAUACAAGUGCUAUGUGGAAUUACGUCCGGCGAUAAACCUGUUUACUUCUCGUGGCUUAAAGACGGACAGCAUAUACCGUCGAAUUUACAGGUUCAAGAGAAAUCUCUGGACGAGUUUAGCUUCUUAAUUUUCUCACAUGUCACAUCCAAACACAGCGGAGAAUACACGUGCGUUGCCACCAAUAAUGCCGCCGAAGUAAACCAUACCGCGCAUCUAGCUGUGAAAGUUGCUCCGUCUUGGGUAUACGAGCCGCAAGAUGUGUCCGCUUUGCUGGGCACCCAAAUCAUUGUACAGUGUUCGACCAAGGGAUAUCCCGAGCCUCAAAUCACUUGGUUAAAAGGACAAGGGGCUGUGGGCAACGAGUUCCGCCCCCUAUCCCGCCUGGAGCUGCCGUGGGCGGUGCUGGGCGACGGCUCGCUGAGCGCCGCGGCGGCCGCGCGCGAGCACGAGGGCCGCUACAUGUGCCGCGCAGAGAACGGGGUCGGCAGAGGCCUCUCCAAGGUCGUCACCGUCUCCGUCAACGAGCCAGCCCACUUCGAGUUCUCCUCUCGCAACAUGUCCGUGAGACGCACGGCGGCCGCGGCCCUCUCGUGCGAGGCGCGCGGCGACCCGCCCCUCCAGCUGCAUUGGACCCACAACAUGCAACGACUGGACCUCUCCACAUACAGAGUUUCAGUAUCGGAAAAGCGGUCGGACAGCGGUGCCAGCUCCAUGCUGAGCAUUGCACACGCGCAGAGACGUGAUUCUGGUGUGUACAGAUGCAGAGCGGAAAAUGCGUAUGGUCGAGAUGAACUUCUUAUAUAUCUAGCUGUUCAAGAGUUCCCGGAAGCGCCGCGCGGCCUCGCCGUAGUACAGCGGGAGUCGCGCGCGGCGCGCGUAGCGUGGCGCCUCGGCUACGACGGCAACGCGCGGCUACGCGCCUUCCGCCUGCAGUUCCGCGUGGUGGGCGCCGCGCCGCGCCCCGCCCACGCCCAGGCCGACUGGACGGACGCGCCCACGAGGGAGCUCUCGCCCGAUUCGCUGCUGCGGAGGCAAGAAGAUUCUAAUGACCCUGAAUCUGAAGUGAUCUUGGAAUAUCGAGUAGACGGUCUUCGGCCCGCUACCGCUUAUGCCUUACGCUUAGCCGCAGUUAACGAUAUUGGAGACAGCGAGUACUCGGACUCUGUUAUAGUACAAACUCUGGAGGAAGGUGAAACU